AGUAUCCCGGGAAAUCGCGGCAGGUGGCGCGCAAGGAGGAGGAAGUUGACUCGUCUUGUUUUAGAUCACGCUGCCUGCAAAAGACUGUAACUGGCGCUCAUCCAGCUUCUCCAGAUUUUGUGGUGCUCCCAGCCUCGGCCCCCAGAGCGGCGCCCCCCUCUGGCCCCUUCUGCUCCUGACGUCCAUAAAGCUGCAGAAGUGGCGCGUCCUGGAGCCAUGGGCCGCAAGCUGGACCUGUCCGGGCUGACGGACGACGAGGCCGAGCAUGUCCUCAGAGUGGUCCAGCGCGACAUGAAGCUGAGGAAGAAGGAGGAGGACAGGCUCAGUGAAAUGAAGCAGGAGCUAGCGGAGGAAGGCAGCAGAUGCUCGAUCCUGUCCAAGCAGCACCGUUUCAACGAGCACUGCUGUAUCCGCUGCUGCGCGCCCUUCACCUUCCUGCUCAACCCCAAGCGCUUGUGCCUGGACUGCCAGUACAACGUGUGCAAAGGCUGCUGCUCCUACAACAAGAGGGACAAAGCUUGGCUCUGCUCUGCGUGUCAGAAGGGGAGGAUUUUGCGAACCCAGUCCCUCGAAUGGUAUUACAACAAUGUGAAGAGUCGUUUCAAAAGGUUCGGUAGCGCCAAGGUCCUGAAGACUCUGUACCGAAAGCACAUUAUCGAGCGAGGAGCCCUGUCUGAUCUCCCAGAAAGCAGUGUUCACGAGGGAAGCAACGAGAAUGAUGGCAGCAUCUGUGGCAGUGAAGCAGCCUUCUACAAACAAAGUGAAGGACAUAGCAUGGCAGAGACGCUCACAGUCGCCCUGCGUGUGGCUGAGGAGGCUAUAGAAGAAGCCAUCGCCAAAGCAGAGGAGUUCAGUGACAGUUUGGAAAAGCAGAAUGAAGCCCGGUACCUACGAGAUCACAAAGAAGAACUCAUAGAGGAACUUGCCACAACGAUUGUACAAAAAAUUAUACAGAGGAGGAAGCGCUCAGAGAUGCAGACAGAGUAUGACACUGCAUGGCCACAGCCUCAGUCGUUGAUCCAGACCAGUGAACUUCCUUCUCCAUCUUUGCCCCAAACGUCUUCACAGGGACUACAAGACCCACUACGAACCCCCUUCUCUCUCUGGCGUUCGCGAUCGGCUUUCUCUCUCACCAGUGACGAUUCUCCGGACAAAGGUCCUGAAGAGGAGGGAGCCGGAGUGGGGGCAGGUCUGCAGGAGUACUCGUCUCUAAAGAGGGAGGGCAAGGCCACCUCUUUACCCAGCUGGAAGAGCGUCGACCGACUGGACAACUCCAGUGCAUCGUCAGUUCUUCAAAGCCCGGACGGUAACUGGAUCGCGCUGCACAGCUCUCAACUGUCCCGGCCCAGUCUGCUCACGAAAAGGAAGAGCCUUGUAUUCAGUGUUUUGGAAAAAGAAUCGGGGGUGGUCUCCGCGUACGACGAAAUGGGCUCUGAUUCGGAGGUGGACGACGAGGGCGGCUGGGGAGCGGCUCUGCAACAGUUCAGGAGAAAACUUUCAGAUGAAACUUACUACACAGACUCGCAACACGACCCAGAGUGGACAUACACACACCAUCACCCCAUCACCUCCCCUUCCUCAGGACAAUACACCAACACUGAGACACUAAACUCAGACUCGGAGGCGUCUUCUGUGCUGUCGGCGUAUCCACGAAAACCACCGCACAACUUGAUGAAAAAAAGAGGCCCAGCGGACACCCACCUGCACCCGCAUCACCCGUCUGUCUACCAUCAACACCAACACCUCCACCACAACCCAUACGCACUGCACUCAGAGGCACUGGAUGUCAACUUUAACCCUAAGGUGAUGGGGGACAGCAGUGAAGCAGAUGAAAGGCAGAAUGACCCCAUCAAAAGAUCACGACGACGAAGGAGAAGCAAAAAAGAGUCUUCAUCAGAGCAGAGAGCUGGAGGCCAAAGCCACACACAGUGUAUCUACCCAAUAGCCCAGGAGGAUAGUGGAUUUCUUCUCAAUGCCCUGCUGAAGCGUGGUUUAAGUGAGGACCAGCCUGCAUCUGAAUUUUCCCCUGGGUCUACCACCGCACCAGAUGUUUUCAGAUCAAACCCUAUGACUCCAGAGCCCGAAGACCCUAACACGGUGGCUCCAAACUCGGCUAUCCCCAGCCCCCCUCCUACUUUCAUCACAUGCGGACCGCCGCUGUCUCCCAAAAUGGCUGCCGUAGACCCCAUCGAGGAAGACUUACGAUCCCGACUCAGCCAGUUGGUCAAACGUGCUAACAGUAAAGACAGUAACACAUCUGAGGAGGAGAGUUCAAAGUGGGCGUCUGAGAAAAUAACAGAAAAAGAAAGGCAAAGGCAAAAGGACAUGGAAAGUGAAAUGUGGGAUUUAGUCAAAGGACAAGAAGUGCAAACAAGUGAAAAAGUAUUAAAAAGCAUGUCAUUUGGAGAGGAAGAGAAGGUGGACACACAGUUGGCCCGAGACAAGAGUUUAGAGGAAGUACCAGAGCAUAAAUUUAAAGAGAAGAGAGAUGUAAGCAGACAAAGUAAGAAGCAACAUAAACGUGAUGUGGAUAAGGAAGCAGGACAUAGAGCAGCCGGUGCCAGGAAGAGUGGAUCUUCUAGUGCUAGUUCAGCUGCUGUGACUCCAUCUGCCCAGGAGGGGGCGCUGUCAGGCAGUCAGAAAUACUCAGCGGCCUCCCUGUGCAGCAUCACCACAGAGGUCCUGAAGGUUUUGAACGCCACAGAGGAGCUGAUCGGCGAGGCGGGGGGCGAGAACUAUACCCCCACUGAAUCUGUGUCCCCCAUCUCCAACAGCUCCGAGACACGCCGGCUGGACCAGAGGCUCACCAAGAUGGAGGAGAAUGUGUACCUGGCUGCUGGUGCAGUGUACAGCCUGGAGGGGGCGCUGGGCGAUCUGGAGCAGUGUGCACGUGACAUCAGCCGUGGAACGUCAGACACAGAUCUGGCUUUUCUGGAGGAUCAGGUGGCCACCGCAGCAGCUCAGGUCCAGCAGUCAGAGCUACAGGUCUCAAAUAUUGAAGCCAGAAUAUCAGCACUGAAAACAGCUGGGUUGAAUGUAACUGUCUGCAAUCGCUUCUCAAAGUUCAAGCCAAAACCUAAGCCUCAAACUCUAGAUACGUCUCGUCAUCAGAGAAGGAAGCUUCCUGCCCCUCCGCUUAAAGAUAAAUCUGAGUCGGAGCAGGAAGUAAUUGAUCCAUAAUGAAAGCACAGCCCACAGACAGGGGCUCCUCCAGUGCCUUGACUCAACCUCCGUCCUCAGACCCUCAGACCUUCAGACCUCCAGACCCUCGGACCCUCAAACCCUCAGACCUACAGAUGUUCAGACCCACGGACCGUCAGACCCUCAGACCCUCGGACCCUUAGACCCUCAGACCUUCAGACCCUCACACCCUUAGACCCUCAGACCCUCAGACCUUCAGACCCUCGGACCCUUAGACCCUCAGACCUUCGGACCUUCAGACCCUCAGACCCUUAGUUUCUCAUUUUCUCCUCAGACUGUACUCAGACCCGGGCUAACACCACAACCUCCACAGAAACAUAAUCCACCCUCUCAGUUCAAUGCAGAUAUGACUGGACGUUUGGUGUCUGCCUUAAAAUCGAAAACUGUACAGACGACAAACUGGCAUUUCCGUUUUCUAUCUGUUUACAAAAGUAUCGUGAUUAAAUGUUCAUUGAAAAUAUGAAACAUAUGUGACAUUUUUCUGUGACCCCUUUUCCCUAAAGAGCCCCAUUGUGUUUUAAAUCUUUUGUCAUGAAAUCUAAACAGCCAUAUUAGUGUCACUUUUUCACUUAAUUUGAGCUGCCAAAAACAUCCAUUCAUUACAGAAAAUAUACAACAAUAACAAGCCCAUUAACCAGUUCCAGUUAUUAUAAAUCCUAUAUAAUUAUUGCAAAUGUAAAAGCACAUUGUAGGCUGAGAAAACAUGAUUUUGUAUUGCAGUUAUAUUGGAAAUAUAUAAAAAUGUUCAUAUGUCCAUGCCUUGGUCAGUAUUCUUGAACCGAAUUCUCCUCUUUUCAUUUCAACUUCGUGGCCUUUUAUUUAAAAAAAACGUAUUUUUUCAUGUCUUCAAAAAUAGUGUAAUCUGAAAUCUUUAUAUCAAAUGCCAUAUUACCAUGAUUUUGUUACAAGCGAUUUAUUUUUGUAUUUUAAGAGCUGUUUUUAUGCAAUAUCACUGAAAUAAUUACUAUUGCAAAUUAUUAUUAUGGCUUUGUAUUUCCUCAAAGCAGCCAUCUCUGUCCGGUCUCAAGUGCAAUGACUCAAAGUGUUUUCUGUGACGAAGGCUAUAAAAACAGUACAUAUAUUAUAGAAAGGCAUUUUUGAUUUUCUCAUAUUUUUGGGUUCGACCACUUAAACCAUAAAUAUUUCUCUAGUAUGGGAGCAAGGUUGUCUUGUUUGGACUGCUUUGUCGAUCCCGUUUUUAAAGGUGUUGAUGUAUAAAAGUUAGCAUGUUUCAAAUUUGUGUACAAAGUGUCACACGAGAGGCACAAGGGUCCAAUCAUCAGUGUCCAGUAUUUUUAUAAGAGAAAAGAUAUACUACGUUUGUUAAUAUAUGUAUAUGUGUGGAAAAAGAUGGAUAUGAUGUUAUAUAGUGUGUGUAUGCCAAUCAUAUUUGACUAAUCUUACAGUGUUGUGAGCAAGAGAUUGUCAUAAAUGUCUUGAUAUGUCAGGAUUCACGCAGGAUUUGUAAGUGUAAAGGAUCCUGCUUGAAUCCACGUUUUUGAUGACUUUGACUGUAGAAUGGGGAGGCAUUCACUCCAUUCACUUUUAUGUGCAAUUGUUGGAUCCUGUUCGACAUGUGGGAAAUUAACAACAAGCAAAAAAUACUAUGUGCCACAGAAAAUUAAUAAAAUUUGCAAGCUGAA